GGAGUGUUUGUUUGGUGCGUAUAGAUUGCAAGGUAAGACCGUUGUCUUUCUCCUCACGGAAAAAUUCCAUCCUUCGCAAGUUCGUAAACCCAUUAGCGCAAACGUUCGAGCCCCAUCGUGAAGCCUUUUUUAUCCGAAUAGCUUAUCCGUUGCGUGUGUGGCUCGGUUUACACGCGGUCGCUCAACGUUGAAUCAUCACUCUAGCGAGCGCAGUGAGAAAUGCCCUAAAACAGUCACUGGCAGGUGCUCCUUUCGUGUUGGUCCGAAAGCAAUUGAGAGGUGUGCUUCCUGUGUUGCCUUGCCGAGGAGUAAAAUCCUUCCUGUGCUUGGAAUCGUGCAGCUAAAUCGUCAUCGGACGAUUCCCGAAACCUGGUGUUCUUCCUGCAGCGAGUGCGUUUCUAUUGCGCGUCUAAAGCACAAAGUGGUUUGGUAAGAUUGUGCAGUUGUACGUGCGUGUGUCUCGGUGUGUGUGUGCGUUGAUCACAAAAAUUUGCACCAGCAAAACUAGCUUCCGUGCAGCAGCAGCAGCACUCGGUCGGUCGGUAGUGGGAAAGCCAGCUGCGAAAAGCCCUCAAAUGUUAGUUCCAUUACCACGAAUUACAACAACCAUAGCGAGCGUGUGCAAAAAUUAGCAACAAUUGCGUGUGUGCUGCUUGCGAUAAUCAUCACCGUGUGUGUGCGUGUGUGUUCCGCUGGGAGGGAAGAGGAGGACCGCGGAAUUGGUGGGAAAAUUUCGCACCCAAGAAAGUGAAGGUGAUUUUUCAUGACCAGCAGUAGUGGCAGCAGCUAAUAAACCUCCGAAGUCACCGAAAGAAAGAACCCGCGACGCACUGACAAACGGGAGAAGGAGCCUUCAACAAUCAUCUACAGCACCCCAGUUACGAUGGCGGACCAAGAAUCGGACAUGGAAUAUUCGUCCGACAAUGAUUACGAAUUUGAGGAUUAUUACAACUCAGGCGAAGAUUGUGACAUCGAGCAGAUCGACCCGAAGCGUACCGACCCGGAGUACUUCGUGUACGAGUGUCUCAAUGUGGAGGAGGUCGAGAAGCUGUUGAACGAGUCGGUGGAGAAGCUGAGCACCCAGCUCCAGAUUACGCCAUCGCUGGCGAAGGUGCUGCUGCACGAAACCCGCUGGAACACGGCGGAAGUGAUCGAGCGGUACCGCAACAACGCCUCCAACCUGUUGGUCAGCGCACGGAUUAAAGCGGCCGCCCCGUCGAUACCUCCCAACCCACCAACGCAACUGCCACCCGCCGCCGUCCCGUCCACAUCCACCUCGUCGUCCGUCGCUUCAGGUGGUGCUGCCGCCGCCGCCGCCGCCGCCACCUGCUCCUUCACCGUAUCCGUCCCUGGCUGUUCGGCCAGCCCGGCGAUCCCGGGAACGAGUAGCGGGAGUACCGCUACCAGCACCAGUAGCAGCAGCAGUAAGUCACACCAAACUAGCUCCACAACGACGCCGGGUGCUUGCUGCUAUCGAACACAGCUAUGUCCGGUUUGCGUGACGGUACAGUCGACCGACAAGUUUCACGCCCUGUCCUGCCAGCACUCGUUCUGUCGCGACUGCUGGGCGAUGCACUUCGAGAUCCAGAUCGGGCAGGGCAUUUCCACACAGAUCGAGUGUAUGGAGCAGCGCUGUGAUGUGCGCGUGCCGGAGGAUCUCGUGCUGACGCUGCUGAACCGGCCGAUGCUGCGCGACAAGUAUCAGCAGUUUACGUUUGCCGAUUACGUUAAAUCACACCCGGAAUUGCGCUUCUGUCCCGGUCCCAACUGUCAGACCAUCAUUCGCAGCCAGGACAUUAGCCCGAAGAAGGCCGUGUGUCGGAUGUGCAAGACGGCGUUCUGUUUCCGGUGCGGUACCGACUACCAUGCCCCGACCGACUGCCAGAUCAUCCGCAAAUGGUUGACCAAGUGUGCGGACGACAGCGAGACGGCCAACUACAUCAGUGCGCACACGAAGGACUGCCCCAAGUGUCACAUCUGCAUCGAGAAGAACGGGGGCUGCAACCAUAUGCAGUGCUUUAACUGCAAGCACGACUUUUGCUGGAUGUGUUUGGGCGACUGGAAGGCGCACGGGUCGGAGUACUACGAGUGCUCACGGUACAAGGAAAACCCCAACAUUGCCCACGAAUCGGUACACGCGCAGGCUCGGGAAGCACUCAAGAAGUACCUGCACUACUACGAACGCUGGGAAAACCAUUCCAAGUCGCUGCAGCUCGAGCAGCAAACGCUGGACCGCAUGCGGACGCGCAUCAACGAGAAGGUGAUGAAGGGGCUGGGCACGUGGAUCGAUUGGCAGCAUCUGUUCGAUGCGGCUACCCUGCUGGCCAAGUGUCGCUACACGCUCCAGUACACCUACCCGUACGCGUACUACAUGGAAUCGCGGAAGGAGCUGUUCGAGUAUCAGCAGGCUCAGCUCGAGGCGGAAAUUGAAAACCUUUCCUGGAAGGUUGAACGGGCGGAAACGACCGACCGGGGCGAGCUCGAGAAUCAGAUGGACAUUGCGGAAAAGCGCCGCACGACGCUGCUGAAGGAUUUCUUUCCAACGGAGGCGUAAGUAGCUGUAGCGUCGAAGUAAACAGGACACAAACUUAAUGCAAUCCACCGAUGUGGCGUUCGUUAUACAGCCUCUAGCUACGAUUAUUAAGCACUACUAUUGCUCUUUUUCCUGCUGCUACCCCUACCUGCUACUACUAUUACUAUUACGAUUUGUACAUUUAGCGUGUAAGACGCAGCAGCAGCAGCGGCAGCAGCAUCAUUAACCCGCGUGUUCCUCCGUAAAGGGUGUGUGUGUGUGCUUUUGGGGAGGUCGGGAUUGAUAGGAUUCGUAGAAAAGCGCCCGUACAGAAGCUACUAUUCAGAUAGGAGAAGCUAAGGCAAAGGAAAAGACAAAACGAGAUCUUCAGCAGCAAACCUACUAGUGAGGGGGGGUACCUAGGCUUAGAGGCUUAGAGGAUAGGGCAGUGAGUAAAAUACAAUCUUAAAAGUAACCAUAGCAUAUAGGAACAAAGGCAAAGUGUUCAAAAUAGCGGCGCUUGUGUCACAAACUGUGCAAUGAACGAGAGGGAACGGAAGCGAGCGAAGAAGUGAUUAAAGCUCUCGUAAUUAACUUUCUUCUUAAAACCUUAAAAGACACACGCCGCGCGCGCCACUGAGAAGAGAAGAGCCUUCUGCUGGUUUACUGAUACUACAGAAAAAGAAAGAAGAAGCGCAUAUGAUAAUUGCUGCUACGCGUGCAAAAUUUUGCUCCAUUUCACUUGUCUGCCGGUUCGUGUCCGCGUGGAACACUUUUCGGAAGCGGAAGUGAGACGGUGGAAAUACUCCUCAGCAAUAAGCGACGGCAGGUAGAAUAAGAAGAACAAGCGCUGUGGAAGGAAGUGUGGAAAAUUAAAGACAAAAAAAACUACAAAAAACUAA